AUGGAUUCGGCGUCAUAUGAUGAGUUUGGCAACUACAUUGGCCCCGAUCUAGAAAGCGACGAGGAUGACGAUCAAAGCAUCUAUGGACAGGCGGAUCAGCAGCAAGAAGAAGACGACGAGGAGGAUCCGCUCGAUGAUGAGGGUCCGGACCCGGAGGAUGAAGACAAGCGCUCCAAGGCGGUAGUGCUGCACGAAGACAAGCGUUACUAUCCGAGCUCACUUGAGGUGUACGGCGAGGAAGUCGAAACAAUCGUACAGGAGGAGGACGCUCAGCCGCUCGAUAAGCCCCUGAUCGAGCCCGCCAAACGGGUCAAGUUUCAGCUGAAAGCACAGGAGCUACCCGAAACGACGUACAAAAUGGAGUUUCUCUCCGAUUUGAUGGACACACCGACAUUAAUCCGCAACGUCGCUUUGAUCGGCCACCUCCACCAUGGUAAAACGACGUUCGUCGAUUGCCUCGUGCGCCAGACGCAUCCACAGUUGCGUAGCAUGGAGGAGCGCAACCUGCGCUACACGGACACUCUGUUCACGGAACAGGAGCGGGGCGUCAGUAUCAAGGCGACUCCAAUGACACUCGUGCUGCCGGAUGUAAAGGGGAAAAGCUUUCUUAUAAACGUGUUCGACACGCCCGGCCACGUAAACUUCUCCGACGAGGUUACGGCUCCCAUGCGGCUGUGCGACGGCGUGGUCCUGUUCGUCGACGCAGCCGAAGGAGUGGCGCUUAACACAGAGCGGCUGCUGAAGCACGCGAUUCAGGAGAAACUAGCGUUGACUGUCUGUAUCAACAAGAUUGACCGGCUGAUCCUCGAGCUGAAGCUUCCGCCUCAGGAUGCUUACUUCAAGUUGCGCCACAUCGUGGAGGAAAUUAACGGUUUGCUGGCGCUGCAUGGUGACGCGUCCGUGCGUCCGGUGUCGCCCGUGCUCGGCAACGUUUGCUUCGCUAGCUCGCUGUACGGGGUAUGCUUUACGCUCAAGUCGUUUGCCCGGCUGUACGCCGACACGUACGAAGGCGUGAACAUGGACGAGUUUGCCAAACGUCUGUGGGGUGACGCUUACUUUCACAGCAAAUCGCGCAAAUUCACGCGAAAACCUCCGCACAGUUCGGCCCAGCGCAGCUUCGUGGAAUUCGUGCUCGAGCCGCUAUACAAAUUGUUCGCCCAGGUGGUCGGUGAUGUGGAUACCACGCUCGCUGACACACUCGCCGAGCUGCAUAUCCCGGUGACGCAGGAGGAGAUGAAAUGCAACAUCCGGCCAUUGCUACGUACCAUUUGCAAUCGAUUUGUCGGAGAUUUCUGUGGGUUUGUGCAAAUGUGCGUCGAGCACGUGCGGUCACCGCUGGAUAAUGCCCCUUGCAAGAUCGAUCACAUCUACACGGGGGUGCGGAAGAAUAUCUAUCAGGACAUGCUGAGCUGCGAUGCGAACGCACAGCUGAUGGUGCACAGCUCGAAGAUGUACCCAACGGAGGACUGCACGUUUUUUCAGGUGCUGGGGCGCGUUAUGAGUGGCACACUGCACGCCGGCCAGGAAGUGCGCGUACUUGGCGAAAACUAUUCGCUACUGGACGAGGAGGACAGCCGAGUGCUGCAGGUCGGGCGUCUGUGGGUGUACGAGGCACGCUACAAGAUCGAGCUGAACCGGGUGCCGGCGGGAAACUGGGUGUUGAUCGAGGGCAUCGAUCAGUGCAUCGUGAAAACGUCGACCAUCACCGACGUGCAGAUGGACGGGGACGUGUCCAUUUUCCGGCCGCUCAAGUUCAACACGCAGAGCGUGAUCAAGAUCGCAGUGGAGCCUGUCAACCCGUCAGAGCUGCCCAAGAUGCUGGACGGGUUGCGCAAGGUGAACAAAUCCUACCCUUUGCUUUCGACGCGCGUAGAAGAGUCGGGCGAGCACGUGAUCCUCGGUACGGGCGAACUUUAUCUCGACUGCGUCAUGCACGACCUGCGGAAAAUGUACUCGGAGAUCGACAUCAAGGUGGCCGACCCGGUGGUGGCGUUCUGUGAGAGUGUCGUCGAGACGAGCUCUCUGAAGUGUUUCGCCGAGACGCCCAACAAACAAAACAAGAUCACGAUGAUUGCUGAACCGCUAGAGAAGGGACUGGCGGAGGACAUUGAGAAUGAGACGGUGGCCAUUGGGUGGAACAAGAAGAAAUUGGGCGAGUUCUUUCAAGUCAACUACCAGUGGGAUCUGUUGGCGGCCCGGUCAAUCUGGGCGUUCGGGCCGGACAACACAGGGCCCAAUAUUCUUGUCGAUGACACGCUGCCGUUCGAGGUUGACAAGACGCUGCUCGGUGCAGUCAAGGACUCGAUCGUACAGGGCUUCCAGUGGGGUACACGUGAAGGCCCACUGUGCGAGGAACCGAUUCGAAACGUCAAGUUUAAGAUACUCGAUGCAACCAUCGCGCCUGAACCAAAGCACAGAGGAGGUGGCCAGAUCAUUCCGACGGCGCGACGUGUCGCAUACUCCGCGUUCCUUAUGGCGACGCCUCGUCUCAUGGAACCGUAUCUCUUUGUCGAGGUGCAGGCGCCAGCCGAUUGUGUCUCUUCCGUGUACACCGUGCUCGCACGUCGUCGUGGACACGUCACGCAGGAUGCGCCCGUUCCAGGUUCACCGCUGUACCUCAUCAAGGCGUUCAUACCGGCGAUCGAUUCGUUUGGCUUCGAAACCGACCUGCGGACGCACACGCAGGGCCAAGCGUUCUGUUUGUCGGUGUUUCAUCACUGGCAGAUCGUGCCGGGUGAUCCACUCGACAAGAGCAUCGUCAUCCGGCCGCUGGAACCGCAACCCGCCACCCAUCUGGCUCGCGAAUUUAUGAUCAAGACGCGUCGCCGCAAAGGACUUUCGGAGGACGUUUCUAUUAACAAAUUUUUCGAUGAUCCAAUGUUGCUCGAGCUUGCUCGUCAGGAUGUGUUGCUUAACUAUCCGAUCUAAGCCGCUUGAUCUCGCUUCGUGAGCGGUUCAAACUAUUUAAGCAUAAAUAA